AUGUAUUUAAUUUUUAUUAUUGAAUUAUUUCUAAUUCAAAGAAGUUACUCUAACACCUGCUAGAAUAUUUCAAUUUCACCUAACCAAUACUAUUAUUCUUAUUACCCAAAUUUAUUGAUCUUGGAAGCUAAUGUUGAAAAUUUUAAUAAUGUCUAAAGUAUCAAUAUGGAAAUUGUUAAAAAGUCAUUUGCAAUUCCUUAUCAUCAAAAUUUUUUAGCACUUCAGAUUAUUAAUCCAUUCUAAAUGAAAAAUAAGAUAUAAGAUAAACUAAUUUGUUAGUUAUUUAAAGUUGAUGAAUAUAGUAUCAAUUGUAUUGAAAGUCAUUCAAUUUUUUUUGAUCAAAAAGAUGAAUUUAAACUAGUAAUCCAAUUAUAAACAUAAAAUAUAUCAUAAGAUUAUUGUGAUUAUAUGCAUUUUGAUGAAACUAAAUAAAUUUUUAUUUUACUUUGUCACAAUUAUCCUAUGUUUAAAAUAUAUGAAGUAAAUAUUCAUAAUGAGACAACACUUCUAUAAUAAUUGAAUUUAACUAUAUAAUUUUAAGAAAAGUGUAAAAGAGCAUAAUAUUUAUUAAAUGAUUAGACAAUAAUAAUUGCAUUUCAUAAAUGUACUCAUUGGAUGAUUCUAAUAACAGAUUAAUCAAAUAAACAGAUUCAAAUUCUAUUGGAUUAUUAAUAUAAUUUAAUGAAAGAUGUAUUAUUGGAUUUUUAUAUUGUAAAUGAAAUAUAAUUUUGUGAAACUACUUCUACAAUUUUUCUUUAUUUUAUAGAAUAAAACCGUUAUGCAAGUAUUCAAAUUACUAGAAGCUAAAUUAAUAUUUAACAAUACUUCAUUUAUAUAGCUACAAAUUUAAUUUAAAAGUUAAUAAUUAAUUCAAAAUGUUCAUUAAAAAUACCAAUCAUCUAUAAUUAAGAAUAUUCAGAGAAUACUACAAUUGUAAAAAAUUCUGAAUUUGUUCUAUAUAAUUUGUAUGAAUUUAAUGAUAUUAAUUAUAUCUAAAAUUAUCUUUUUUUAAAAAGAAAUACUGAACUUAUUGUUGAUAUUACUAAAUACAUUAACUAAACAUAUUAAAUUGAGACAACUCCUUUGAUUUUUUUGGAAUAACUUAAUUUAUUUUAUUAAAUUAAUCCUAAAAAUAAAAUCAUUUAAUUCUAUAGAAUUUCUUCUUUAAGAAAAAUAUUUAAACCUAGAGAAAAAUACAUUUUUCUGAUUGAUGAGGAAUAAUAACUCAUUGGGAAUACAGACAAUAUUUAAUGUAUAAAGAUUGAUUAUAAAGAUAAAGAUUUGAAUAAUAUUUUUGAUAUUGAAACUACAUUUAACUGCAAAAUGAAAUUUAAUUGUAAAAUAGAAAUAAUCUAAUAAAACUCCCUUUAAUUAUUUAAUUUUGAUUUUUUAAAGAAUAGAACUAAUUAUUUAAGCAUAGGUAUCUAAAGAGUGA